AUAUUUCGAUUUAAAAUUAAUUUCGCAAAGAAAACGUUACUCAAUAAAAUUAAAAUCAAACAUGAAUAUAAAUUUACCGAAUUUUAAUAUGAAAAACUUGGUCAGGGAGGCGGGCAGCACAAUAUCGCGUGUCGUGCAGCUAACAGAGGAAAAACUGGGCACCACUGAACGCACAGAAUACGAUUUGCAUUUUCAAAAUCUAGCGGAACGUGCCGAUGUCACCAAAUCAUGGACCGAGAAAAUCGUGCGCGACACCGAAUCGGUGCUCAUACCGAAUCCACAGAAUCGCGUCGAGGACUACAUAUUUGAAAAAAUCGAAAAAUCCAGACCAAAACGGUUAAGCAAUUUGGAGCACUUGGCCCUGGACAUGAUUGAGGCGGGCGGUGAUUUUGGUCAGGACUUGCCUUACGGACAGGCUCUGAUCAAGGUCGGGCAGGCCGAACAGAAACUGGGCCAGUGUGAGCACGAUUUCAUAGCCACCUCGGGUAUUUGCUUUACCCAGCCAUUGCGUAAAUUUCUGGAUGGUGAGAUGAAAACCAUUACCAAGGAACGUGGCAUAUUAGAGACAAAGCGCUUGGACUUAGAUGCAUGCAAGAAUCGUGUCAAGAAAGCACGCAGCAUGCUGGGACAGCAGUCGAAAGAUGGCAUCUCGCCAGAGGCUGCCUUGGAACAGGCAGAGCGUGACUUGCGAGUGGCACAAGCGGAAUUCGAUCGGCAGUCGGAAAUAACGAAACUACUGCUGGAUGGGAUAAGCACAUCACAGGCAUCACAUUUACGUCAUCUGCACGCAUUCAUACAGACACAGGUGCGGUACUAUAAACAAUGCACAGAUGUCAUGGAUCAACUACAACGCGAGCUGGCCAAAAUGGGACCCGCAAAGCCACGCCUGCGCAUCAAUAGCGAAGAUGUUGAUGGGCCUCCCAGCGCAAUGCAGUCAUGCGAUUCUGAAACGAAUUCUAUUGUAGAAUUAGAUAGCGCGCACGUAGAGCUCGAUCUCGAUGAUGAUGGAUCAGCACAAUUUAGCGCUAUUGAUAUGGGUCAGGCAAAAGCAUUGACGCACCUUUUAGAAGACUUUGACAUAGAUUUCGAUACAAGCGCCAUAACAACCGUUUAAAAAACACGUCCAAACACAUGGAAGCAGCAAUCAAAGAACACUGUCGAAGAUAUCUAACCAAAAAUCAAAAUGAGUGAAUUUGUUUAUUAACUCUUACUAUUGUUCUAUACGUAAUUAAUUUAAGCGUCAUUAGCAUAGGUUUUAAACGUUGUUACACUUGUUGUUGAUGUUCUUCCUAGUAUGGUUUUGUGCCGGUUUCUAGUGCAAGUCAAUUUUCCAACCUUCUUCGUCCCUAGUUGCACGCACUCGCAAGCAAAAAAAAGAAAACAAACCAAAAAUUAUUUGCUUAAAGUCUGA